AUGGAGAGCAAAGGAUUACAGCGCUGUAAGAUCGUGGUGGUCGGGGACACGCAGUGUGGGAAGACAGCUCUCCUCCAUGUCUUCGCCAAGGACUCGUACCCGGAGAAUUACGUUCCCACCGUGUUUGAGAACUACACGGCCAGCUUCGAGAUCGAAAAGCAGAGGAUCGAGCUCAACAUGUGGGACACGUCAGGUUCAGCCUACUACGACAACGUGCGACCGUUAGCUUACCCCGACGCGGACGCCGUGCUCAUCGUCUUUGACAUCAGCCGUCCGGAGACCAUGGACAGCGUGCUGAAAAAGUGGCAAGGUGAGACGCAGGAGUUCUGCCCCAACGCCAAAGUGGUGCUGGUCGGCUCCAAGCUGGACAUGAGGACGGACAUGAAUGUCAUGAGGGAGCUCUCCAAACACAGACUCAUUCCCGUCACCCACGAACAGGGCACAAGCUUGGCGAGGCAGAUCGGCGCCGUGGCCUACGCAGAGUGCACGUCAAAGUAUUCAGAGAACAGCGUCCGCGACGUUUUCCACGUCACCACGCUGGCGUCCGUGUCCCGCAUCCACCGGCCCCUCCCUCAGCUCAAACGCGCGGCCUCACGUCGCGGCCUCAAGCGGGUUUCCCAGCAGCCGCCUCGGACUGAGAUCACUGAGCACCCGGCUCCCAUCAGAAAGGACCGGGCCAAAAGCUGUGUGCUCAUGUAG